UGAAUGAAUGAUCGACGACACGAUGAAUUCCCAUGAGCCACGUGCCCAUGGCGCAGAAAACAGUCAAGCCCUGCUCCUGCAGCGAGUGGCCUAAAACAGUCAGCAACGCACACGCUUGACACUCCAUCAGUCCAUUUGCAUCAGCUUCUCUUCCGGGCUUCGCCGGUUGUCGAUGGCACCCGCCGGCACCCACGCCCCCCUCUCCCUGCUCCUCUUCCACUUCCUUUCGCCAUUGAUCGCCGCCUCAACAGCGGCGCCUUCGCCAACAGCUGGAGCAGCACAGACACCGCAAGAGCUCCUGCUUGACUUCAAAGCCUCCCUGCAGGACCCGUCCGGCGCGCUCUCGUCCUGGUCGCGCUCCACCCCCUACUGCAACUGGCCGCACAUCACCUGCACCAGCACCGCCGCCACCGCCAACGCCACCGUCUCCAUCUCCCUCUCCCUCCCGGGCCUCAGCCUCUCCGGCGACGUUUCGGCCUCCUCCCUCUGCCGCGUGCCCGGCCUCGUCGCGCUCAGCCUCGCGUCCAACGGCUUCAACCAGACCAUCCCGCUGCAGCUCUCGCGCUGCACCUCGCUCGUCUCGCUCAACCUCAGCGCCGGCGCCUUCUGGGGCCCGCUUCCCGACCAGCUCGGCAUGCUCACCUCGCUCACGUCGCUCGACCUCAGCGGCAACAGCAUCGAAGGGCAGGUGCCCGCCGGCCUCGCCGCGCUGGGGAGCCUCGAGGUGCUCGACCUCGGGGGCAACCAGCUCUCCGGCGUGCUCCACCCGGCGCUGUUCGGCAACCUCACCAGCCUGCACUUCCUGGACCUGUCCAGGAACCAGUUCCUGGAGUCCGAGCUGCCAUCGGAGCUCGGCAAGAUGGGCAGCCUCAGGUGGCUCUUCCUGCAGGGGUCAGGGUUCAGCGGCGGGAUCCCUGAAUCCUUACUAGAGUUGGAGCAGCUGGAGGUUCUUGAUCUGUCCAUGAACAGCCUGACCGGAGCCAUGCCUCCCGGCUUUGGCAUCAAGUUUCAGAAGCUGAUGACUCUGGAUUUGUCACAGAACGGUCUCUCCGGGCCGUUCCCUGAAGAGAUUGGGAAGUGUGUGAUGCUCCAGAGGUUUGAGGUGCAUGACAACGCCUUCACGGGAGAGCUUCCCGCCGGACUCUGGUCGCUGCCGGACUUGCGCGUGAUCCGGGGCGAGAACAACCGGUUCUCCGGCCAGUUGCCUGAGUUCUCCGGCGUCCAGUCUCGGCUCGAGCAGGUUCAGCUUGACAACAACAGCUUCUCCGGUGGGAUACCUCAGAGCAUCGGCCUGAUCCGCACGAUGUACCGGUUCUCCGCCUCCCUGAACGAGCUCAACGGCAGCUUGCCGGACAACUUCUGCGACUCCCCGGCGAUGAGCAUCGUAAACAUCUCCCGCAACUCGCUCACCGGCACGAUCCCGGAGUUCAAGAACUGCAAGAGACUGGUGUCGCUGUACCUUUCCGGCAACGCCUUCACCGGGCCAAUACCGGCGUCCCUCGGCGACUUGCCGGUUCUGACUUACAUCGACCUGUCCAGCAACAGCCUCACCGGUGGCAUUCCGGCGGAACUCCAGAACCUGAAGCUUGCGCUGCUCAAUGUCUCGUAUAACCAGCUCUCUGGCCGUGUGCCUCCGUCUCUGAUCUCCGGCCUUCCAGCCGUGUUUCUCCAAGGGAACCCCGGGCUGUGCGGCCCCGGAUUGCCUAACGAUUGCGAUGCGCCAUUGAGGAAGCAUCAGGGCCUAGCAGUGGCUGCAACCGUGGCCUCGUUCGUCACCGGAGUGACGCUGCUCGCUGUAGGAGCAUUUGCAGUUUGUAGGAGGUUACAAGGCAGCAAGUCCUCCCCAUGGAAGCUUGUACUCUUUUACCCUAUCAGGAUCACCGGGGAGGAAGUGUUCGCCGGAUUUCACGACAAGAACAUCAUCGGUAGGGGUGCAUUUGGAAAAGUUUAUCUGAUUGAGCUACAAGACGGGCAAAGUAUCGCGGUGAAGAGGCUGGUGAAUUCUGGCAAGCUAACAUCCAGAGCAAGGAAGAAUGAGAUGAAGGUAUUGGCAAAAAUCCGGCACAAGAACAUCGCCAAGAUGCUAGGAUUCUGCUACUCAGAGGGCGAGGUCAGCGUCAUCUAUGAACACUUGCAGAGAGGAAGCUUGCAGGAUUUGAUCUGUGCGCCCAAAUUCACGAUGGGGUGGAGCGACCGGGUGAGGAUCGCAUUGGGAGUAGCUCAAGGAUUGGUGCACCUUCACCACGGUCAUACUCCUUGCGUGCUGCAUAGAGAUCUGAAGUCGAGCAAUGUGCUGCUUGGUGAUGAAUUUGAGCCCAGGGUUACUGGAUUUGGGAUCGAUCUUGUCGUCGGAGAAAAGGCAUACCAGUCUUCCUUGGCUUGUGAUCUGAACUACAAGUGCUACGUUGCGCCAGAGCAGAACUGCACCAAGAAACCAACGCGCUUCAUGGACGUCUACAGCUUCGGGGUCAUCCUCCUGGAGCUGGUCACCGGAAAGCCAGCGGAGCAUCCGGCGUCCGACGACUCCAUCGACAUCGUCAGGUGGGUGCGGCGGCGGAUCAACGUGACCGACGGAGCGUCACAGAUACUUGACCCCAGCGUCUCCCGCACGGCGCAGAAGGGGAUGCUGGCAGCCCUUGAGCUCGCGCUGCGCUGCACGUCGGUUAUGCCUGACCAGAGACCGGCCAUGGAUGAGGUCGUCCGGUCGCUGGAGCCACUGUGUUUCAGCGUUCAUCCGCAGACGCCGCUGCCCACUGAAACUGCUCUGGAGCCUUGAACGGAGCAGAACGACCGGGUCGCUUGCUUCUGCCCCUGGAUGCUCGAAGUUCAGACUUUAGAGUAGCUGUUACUAUGUAACCCUUGCUCGUUGUACAUAGCAUGGCACUAGCAGGGUGAGUGUACCAAACAGAAUAAUGAGAAAUAAGGCAUCAGUGCGAUCUCCAAGCUUA